AUGUCGAUUUCUCACCAUCUUCCAUCUCACCUGUCUGAUUCAAAAUCCUGGACCGCAAACCCGACACGUCCCCAUUGCCCUACUGGUCUCAAAACUGAGCUUGAGCAUCUGAAUCCUGACUCCUCUCCAGCCACGAUUGCCGCUAUUCUCAACCAGUUCCCCACCAACUUCAACGCCCCAUACGUCCAUCAUCGACUAGUCACCUUCCCAACUGACAUAGAUCGUGCAAACUGGUCAGCCGCCUUACCUCCUGGUGACGCUGAUCUCCGCGACACUUUCUCCUCCUGGUGGUGCUCCCCAAAAAAAAACAAGUCCACCUGGAUUGGCCUCUUUAGUACCUGGACCUCCUCCUAUGUCGGUGAUUCGAACUGGGACAAACGUUCAUGGCAUGUAUGGGGGGUAGCAGCUAUUAAGUCCCAGGAGGGGAGAGGCAAAUACCUGAUCAUUUGGGACUGUGACCCUCGCUCCCCUUACAAUGAAGAGGGGGAGAAACAUGACAUAAAACGACCACAGGAAUUCAUGCUUGGUACUCAGGUGAAACUUCUCGAAUUCUUACAACAACGCAAAAAUGGACGCAAAGCCCGCGCCCAGAUCAAUGCAGUUUUCUACAACAUUGAUACUUCCUUGUCUGGACAAGAUAAAUGCCUCGAACAUACAAUGCGCUGGGUGGUCGAGAUGACAGAAUUUGGCGACUCACCAUUUAAAGGGUUUGAUCACAACAGCAAUUCACUGGAUCCGCGCACCGACGGAUGCCUCCGAAUCCUGCGCCGUUAA